AUGGAUUUUGCCCACCCAAACAAAAAGCGUCACAUUGAAAACUCCCUAAUACACAGCUCCAAUGCGAUCGAACUCAGCGCCUCCUCCCAGUCGAACCUCAACCUCACCUCCUAUCUUGAAGACCACCGCACGUCUCUCCCCUUGCCGUCGCCCAGCGCCUCCCCGAUACACUCCUCUGCCGAAAACCUGGGCGGCCCUUCCGACGAUACCAACGGACCUUCUGAGACAGCCCUUCUUACACAAUCCUACCCCACCUCGCAGGCAGAUAAGUUCUCUCUCCUUACAUCACUAGUUUCGAACUUGAACAACGCAUCUCCAGAGGUAAACGCUUUGCUAUUCCAGCUACUACAGAAGACGGAUAAAAAGGCACUAUCCUUUUUACAUUCUACGCUCUUUAAGGUGUUGAAGAAAGACUUGAUCACAACAUUACCUACCGAAAUCAUAAGUAACAUUUUGCAGAAUCUCGAUCACACCAAUUUGUUAAACUGUUUCCAAGUUUCUAAAAAAUGGUCAAACGUUAUCUCCCACUUCCCGGAACUGUGGAAGAACUUGAUAUUUAAGGAAAAGUUGAUCACUACGGAGGACGACUAUCUCGAAGACUACGAACUUAUCAAAAACAACAGACCAGAUUUAUCUGUCGACAAAAUCCCACAGCUGAUUUACCAAAGACGCCUCCUAAUCCAAAAAAGGUGGAUGAACACUAACUACAAACCCAAGAGGCUUAUUAUUCCCGAAGAAUCAUUAGAUAUUGUCACCUGUUUACAGUUCGAUAAGGACAAAAUUGCAGUAGGGUCUGACGCAAAUCAUAUAAUAAUCUGUGACACAGAAUCUGGGAAACUGUUGAAAACUUUGCGUGGACAUAACGGUGGUGUAUGGGCAAUGAAGUUUUAUAAGAACACCUUGGCGUCAGGCGCAACAGAUCGAUCUGUGAGAAUCUGGGACAUUGAAAGGGGGGUUUGUACUCAUAUUUUUAGAGGUCACACUGCAACAGUUAGAUGUCUUGAGAUCAUAGAACCAAGACAAAUUGGUACCGACGAUGAGGGUAACCCAAUUAUUUAUCCUGAAGCCCCUCUGUUGAUCACAGGCGCCCGAGAUAAUGCCUUAUACGUAUGGAAAUUACCAAUCAAUGAUGGUAAGAACGAUAAAGUAUCAGAUGUUCCAAUCGAUUUGCACGCUUCCAAUAACCCUAACUUUGUCACCGUAUUGAGAGGUCAUACUGCGGCGGUUCGUGCAGUUACGGGUUAUGCAAACAUUGUCAUCAGCGGAAGUUAUGACUCCACUGCAAGAGUUUGGGAUCUACGGACAGGAGAGUGUAAGUGGAUCUUGAAAGGCCAUACAGGAAACAUUUACAGCUGCGUGUACGACGUGAAACGGAACCGUUGCUACACUGGUUGUGAUGAUAAUACCUUAAGAGUUUGGGAUUUAAAUACAGGCGAAACGAUAGCAAUUUUGGAAGGCCACCAGAGUCUUGUCGGUUUGAUAACCUCUUCUGAUAAUGUGUUGGUAUCGGCUGCUGCAGACUCAACUGUGAGACUGUGGGAUCCGGAUACAGGGCAGACAAAAAAAGUGUUCCGUGGCCAUCGCUCUCCUAUUACUUGUGUCGCAAGCGACGAUUACAAAGUCUUGUCUGGUAGCCAAGGGAUGUUGAAGCUAUGGGAUGUUCAAACAGGUGCCUUUGUCCGUGAUCUAGCAAAUGAUGUAGACGGCGCUGUCUGGCAAGUGGCCUUUGACUAUCGUCGCUGCGUUGCUGCCAUGCAGCGUGACAAUACAACAUUCAUCGAUGUCACAGACUUUUGCCCUGCUGAAGAUGAUCCUUGGGCGCAUCCUUCUUCUCUUGCAACGACUAAUUAGUCUGUCUUUUACACAGCAGCUACUUUGUUAAAAAUCCUCGUAUUAGUUGUAGCCGAUUAUUUAUUCUAAUUUCCAGGCGCGGUAACAUUUUUCUUUAUUUUUUUUUCUUUCCUCAUGUUUCAUGUUCUUUAGUGUUAAAUAUGAAAUGAUAUCCAUC